GCCGGGCCAGGCGGGAGCGGCGCCGGCGAGGGCGGAAGUGCGCGGCGGGGGCGCGCGGGCGGCGGCGCUGCCCCCUCAAUGAGAGUCGGGGCGCGGCGGCAGCGGGAGCAGCGGGGCCGGGGGACACAGCCCAGACAGGAGCCGGGCUGGAGCCGCCGUGCGGAACUGGGCCUUAGCCCCCAGCCUUACCGGUGCAGAUCUUGUAGGAAGAGAAGGGUGGUGCCUGAGUGUGACCUUACCUGGAGAAGGGCAGGGAGUGAGGGAGAACCUAUGGAGAAGUAGGAAUUGUCACGCCUCAUUUCUGUACUAAGGAGUGUCCUGGAUGAGGGAGCUGAUGUAUAACAUAAUAGAGAAGAUUACCAGAGGAAAAUAUCUGUCUUCACUUACCAGUGUUUAUCCCAGAAUGAGCACUUAAAGAUGAUUAAUUUGCAUUGCUGUACUAAAUAUCUGAUUGGUUGCCUGGCACUUCGUCUGUGGCAAGCAGGACAAUGGCUGCCAGCAAGAGCAAGAACCAGAGUUCCUUGGCCCUCCAUAAAGUAAUUAUGGUUGGCAGUGGAGGUGUGGGUAAAUCUGCCCUCACACUUCAGUUUAUGUAUGAUGAGUUUGUAGAAGACUAUGAACCUACCAAGGCUGACAGCUACAGAAAGAAAGUAGUUCUGGAUGGUGAAGAAGUUCAAAUAGACAUUCUGGACACAGCAGGGCAGGAGGAUUAUGCAGCUAUCAGAGACAACUAUUUCCGCAGUGGAGAAGGGUUUCUUCUUGUCUUUUCAAUAACAGAGCACGAAUCCUUCACAGCAACAGCAGAGUUUCGGGAACAGAUCCUGCGUGUGAAGGCUGAAGAGGACAAAAUCCCUUUACUGGUAGUGGGAAACAAAUCUGACCUGGAGGAGCGCAGACAAGUGCCUGUAGAAGAGGCUCGAAGUAAGGCAGAAGAAUGGGGGGUGCAGUACGUAGAAACCUCAGCCAAAACUCGAGCGAAUGUAGAUAAGGUGUUCUUUGAUUUAAUGAGAGAAAUAAGAGCAAAGAAAAUGUCAGAAAACAAAGACAAGAAUGGCAAGAAAAGUGGCAAGAACAAGAAAAGCUUUAAAGAAAGAUGUUGCUUACUGUGAUGCUUUGGAACUGUAAAUAUCCAUCUACAGGUGGCUUGGAUAAAAUACCACUAAGGAUAUAGGGCUGGAUUCAUGAAAGGAAGUCUGUAUUGACUCCCUUAUCUUUUGCUUUGCAUAUCACACCUCCAAAAUGUGAAAACAACUUUGCAACCAUUUCCAGUAUCCAACAAAACCUUUGCCUCCUUAAACUGAAAUGGGCUCCAUCUUCCAACUUUCAAAACUAGAAAUAGUUUCAGAACUACAAUCCUUCUGCUUGGUUAGACAAUGUACUUUUGUAUUAACUUCCUUCUAAUGUUUCUGUGUGUUUCUCUUGAACCUCUAUUGGCCUUAACCAGCACAGCUGUUCAGGUUCAAACACUUUUUCCCGCUGUUGCUGCCCUCCUUGAUGGUGCAAACUGCAGAGAGGCUAGAUGACACCUAGUAAAGGGUUUGAGUCUCCAUCUUCUCUUAGUUGUCACUGAUAUUUCUUACACUGAAAUCUGCUGACUUCCUCCCCACGCUCCAUGUAAGAAAUAGCGACCGACAGCUGAGAGUCAACUCAAAACAAACUUUCUUCUGUGUUCUGUUUAGUCAAUACAGCAUUCAUGAAUCAAGCCUAAGGACUCAAUUCAUACUUAUUUAGGAAAUGAAAAAAUUGAUAUUUAAAUACAGGCUGGAUGCAUUCCCUGCUGGGGUCUGUCUUCUCAUCCUUAAAUUAGUGAUAUGGGGUGAGAAAGUGACUGUAAGCCUUUCUUCAAAAGGAAUAGUAUUAUCACCAUCUCCCUGAAAUGCUCUCCUGGGUUUCUUCCAUGUAUUGUCUUGACUCAAUUACACUCUACAUCUGUCAUCCUUUCCUUCCCUUGUACUGGAAUAGUGGAAAUAGGUGUUGAUUUAAUCAGUUAUGUUUAUAUUGGAACACUUGUGAUGAUAGUGUUGGAAAGUGAGAACAUCUGCAUCUGUCUCCUGUCUUGCUGAAGAUGAAAAUGCUGAAUAAGUGUGGGUCCCAUCACACAAUCAUGACCUGGAAUAGGUGAGGCAUAUAUGUUACCUCUCAAUGAUUAGCUGGCUAGUGAGCUGUAUGGUGUCAAAAAGCAAAUGAAGUUAAGCAGUUGCCACAUCUAUUACUCACUGUUAAUUUUAUAUGUACUGUUUCUGAUGCACAGCAACCUAGUACAUGAUGAGUUUUGCUGUCACUUACACAGUGGUGGUCAUGUCAGUUCAACAAAAACAGUCUAGAAGUGGAAAAGUCAGUACUUAGCAGGUUCUGUUGUCAGCUGAAUGAAAUGAACUUUCUGAUGCAGUUUAAAUGAAGUGCAGUUGCCAAAAAUCACUUCUGUCACUGUGGAAAAGAACUCUCUUCUGGUUGUGGAGUUACUCAAUGAAUUAUGGCUAUCUUCUGCCUCAGGAGUAGAGAAACUUGAAGAGUAACUGUAUCUUGCUCGUAACUGGAUGCUUAAAACACAGUUGCUUGGUGAAACUAAUUUAAGUGAUUGUUCAAUGAAGCUCAUUGCAGCACUAAAUUAACUAAUGGUGUUUCUUCCUGAAAUGGAGUAGUGAAUACUGUUCAGUACUUAGUAUUGUCAUUUGAGGUUGAAAAAUAUUUUUUCACGUGUACUAGAUUGCUUGUGUGCAUUCCCUCUCUGAACAUUGAAAAAAGUAAGAUGUGAUCUACAUCAGAACCUCUGUUGACCUGAGGUUUUACAGGGAUUUAUCACAAACUCAUUGUCUUCCAUAACUAGUUCAUCUUGUCAGGCAACUCAUUGAAUUGGGGAAACUGUACUAAAUAAAAGGUGCUGUAAUCUUCA